AUGCCUGUUGCCACUCGAGCUGGGAAUGCCGACAAGCACCCAGGCCGCGCUGAGCUCAGUAAGCGCAGGUCCAGCAAAGAAGUUCAAGCGGAAAAACUAGCCAAAGCGAAGGUGAAACUGGACAAGGCAGAGUCGGCUGCAAACUCUGUCGCGCGCAUUGCGAUGCUUGAGGACAAGAUGGCAGCCACCGACAAGGACACUGAAGAUAACAGGGUGAGGGCGCUGCCCGAAUCAAAAGCGACUCGCAAGCGCGCACCGCUCUCAACCAUCGACUCGUCGGAAGCCGAACAGCCGCCUAAGAAGAAGAAGGCGACCAGCACCAGGGGAAAAAUACAGCAGGCCCGCCAGGAGGUCGCCGCCGCCAACAGCGUCCUGGAGCUCUCUUCAAGCGACACUGAGCAGAUAAAGACAACCGGAAAGAAGAAAGGUAAGGGCAAGGGCAAGGGCAAGGUGAAAGCGAAAGCGAAGGCGAAGGCGCGCAGCUCCUCCAGUGAAGAAGAGUUUGGAGAAAUGCUCGACUGGUAUGCAAAGGUUCCAAGUGGCUGGAGCAAGCGGCCCGGGGACGAUGGGGCCGGCAUUCGCCCUUCUACCAUGACCGCAGCCUCAGCUGCCAUUUCGAAGAAGACCAAGAGUGCUCCCUCGAGCAAGAGUGCUCCCUCGACUGCUCCCUCGAGCAAGAGCACCCACUCGAGCAAGAGUGUUACCUCGAGCAGGAGUGUUACCUCGAGCAAGAGCGCCCCCUCGAGCAAGAGCGCCCACUCGAGCAAGAGCGCUCUCUCGAGCAAGAGUACUAGUUCGAACGAAUCAGCUCCCCCGACCAAGGUCAUUUCCUCAAGGAAGGAUGCUUCUCGUAAGGUUACGGACGCCAAAGUAGACGCUGAUCUUCCGCAGAACAAUAUUGUUGUGGCCGAAAAGUCUAUAGUGAGUGACGAUGAGGACGUUGAGCGACUUCACGCCCUCUCCAGUCCUGUCAAGCCUGCACACUUUCGGGCGAUGAAUUCAGGCGCCAUUGACAUCAUGGAGGUCAAUCCUGACGAUCGUACUGGUAUCGUUGCCGGCGCGUCCGGGUCUUCCCGCCCCAAACCAAGGCCACGGUUAGCCCCCUUGACGGCGGAGGUAGAUGCCGAUGCAAACAAUCCUGAUAUCUCAGUCGACGCAACCCCGGCGCCCAAGAGCAUUCGAUCGACGAGCAGUAUGAACGUGGCAAUUGCAGACAAAGGAGUAAGAGAACAAGCCAAGAAGCGCAAACGGAUGGCAAAGUUGGACGAGGAUUCAGAGGAUGAGGUCAAGGUGGAGCUGCACGAUGAUGGGCCGAACGCGGAGCCUGAUGAUGACGAGAUGGAGGUCAAGACAGGGCAUUUUGGGGCCGAUGAUGAUGAGCCUGAUGGCGAUGAGCCGGGAAAGCGCAAGGCUAUAGUGAAGAAUGCGGACCUCCCUCCCGUCGCACUGAAGAACGAUCGCUGGCGACGUCGGUUCCUGCCGACGGUCGUACGAUAUGUCGGCACUCUCAAAAAUCCGUGGACCAUUGAUGAAGAGGAAUUCAGAAGGGUGCUCGAGCUCAUCUGGGACAAGGUCUACGGGAAAUUGGGUGUGGAAUACACGGAUGCAAUCCACGUCAUCACCCGUAGUCUGUGCAUUCAGCGACUGUACGAAUGGCGCUCCACCUUCGGCUCCACUGCCAUCAGCGUAGUCGAAGCAUUCUUCAGCACAACCCCGAAGUAUCUGGAUUUCGCCAAACGUCCGUCUUUUGCGAAGGCGUUACUCAAGUUGUCCCGCUUUGCAUUCCUGUCAGCCAAAGGCGAGAACCGAAGUAAUUUCACGGGCCUGUUCCGGUCUCCAUUCAUGUUGCGGACGUUUGCCAUCCAUCUCGCAGCAAUUGAGGGUGCCAUUGAUGUUGAAGGAUUGUACUCCGAGGGAUCCGCGCUGACCGUGAACAAAGCUAUUGGUGCACUGGGCCUGACGGGCGCCGCAGUUAAACGCAGCCUUACGCUGUACAAGUUUCUUGCCAUCGUCUACAAGAAGGGACGACCGGUACCUGCGAAGCGCAUGUGUGAAGACAUGAACUCUGCUGCGGACGUUGAUGCUGCGAAGCCAACUGGAUUCACGAAUUCUGGCUGGGGUCAUGAGACCAAAUUUUUCGCCGUCUCCACACAGAAUCUCUUAGCUUCGAGCUUGGCCAAGGUGGCCAAGGAAGGAGCAGAGGUUUUAUGGAUGACGCGUGGGCAGCGGCGUGAGGUAAUUGUUGUCUCGUCAGAUGAUGACGGUGACUAUCUUGUUGACAAUGGUGAGAGCGAUGAGAAUGAUGACUCGGAGGAUGAGAAGGUCAGAAACACUGAGAAGACCAGUAACUCGGAGGAUGGGGAGACCUCUGACUAG